AUGAAGGCACCCUGGGUGUUGCUGGCGCUGGUGGCGCUUCUGGGCGCCCAGGCUGCGGGCAUGUGCCAGUGCGGCAUCUUCGUGCUCUGGGAGAACAACCGGGUGGGCGAAGAGAUCCUCCUGGGGGAUCCCAUGAGUGGCCGCUGCCGGUCUACUCAGGCCACCAACGGCCGCCUCGAAGGCCGCUGCAAGGCCUACUGUUCCACCAGGUCGGAAUUAUUGACAAGCGGUGGGAACUUGGCUGUGAUGGGAACCUUUCUGAGCAUGGCGACCAAGUUCUAUGCGUGCCAGAUGCUGCAUUCGUUCCACCAGGACCCGAACGGGCACCACUUACACCUGGGUCAGCCCCGAGUGAACGCGUUUUGGGUCGGCAGUUUUUAUCGGUAUUGCCAACAUGACUGGAAAUUCGCAGGCCGAGAAUCCAUCCGCCAAGUCUGCUGCGAACGCGGCGACUUCAUCUUGUGUCCAACGGGAGUCCGCAAUGACAAUCCGCCGGAUUUCAAGUUGGCGGAUCCACCGAAGACUUCAGCGCCGGAAGUGCGUACAGUGCCACCCACUUCCACGGAGCUGCCGGCGGCGCCAGCCAACGCCAUGACUGCGCCACUCGGGAUUUAA